AUGGCUGCUAGCUCGGAAGACGUCAAGGCUAAAUACGCCAAUGGAAACAAAGGCAACCAAUUCAAUGAUUUCAUCUCUCAACCGGUAGUCGCUGCGUUCUGCGCCGGUGGCGUCGCUGGCGCCGUAUCGCGAACAGUCGUAUCCCCCCUCGAGCGUCUAAAAAUCCUUUUCCAAGUGCAAAGUGCUGGUCACAAUGAAUAUAAGUUGUCAGUAGGGAAGGCACUUGCUAAGAUGUGGAGGGAGGAAGGCUGGAGAGGCUUCAUGGCUGGUAAUGGGACCAAUUGUAUUCGAAUUGUCCCUUAUUCUGCAGUACAAUUCGGCAGCUACAAUCUCUACAAGCGGCAGUUCUUCGAAAAAUACCCAGGAGCCCCUUUGGCCCCUCUCGAGAGACUUAUCUGUGGUGGCAUCGCGGGAAUCACCUCGGUUUUUUUCACGUACCCACUCGACAUCGUGCGGACCCGACUAUCUAUCCAGUCAGCGUCAUUCGCCGCGCUCGGUCAUACAUCGAAAGAUAAGCUACCUGGAAUGUGGACGACGAUGGCGGUGAUGUAUAAGGAAGAAGGCGGCGUACCUGCAUUAUAUCGUGGCAUAAUACCUACCGUUGCUGGAGUGGCUCCAUAUGUAGGAUUGAACUUCAUGACGUACGAAUUCGUCCGCAAGUAUCUAACUCCUGAGGGCGAUCAAAACCCUAGCGCGGCACGCAAGCUGCUUGCUGGUGCCGUAUCUGGUGCUGUUGCCCAGACUUGCACAUAUCCAUUUGACGUACUACGACGAAGAUUUCAAAUCAACACCAUGUCCGGCAUGGGCUAUAAAUAUAAGUCAAUAGGAGACGCUGUCAGAGUGAUAAUAUCCCAAGAAGGACCGCGCGGGUUGUACAAGGGCCUUAUUCCGAACCUCCUCAAGGUUGCCCCUAGCAUGGCCGCCAACUGGCUUAGUUUUGAAGUCACUAGAGAUUUUUUGGUCGGUAUUGAUCUCGACCGUCACCACGUGCGCGGCACCCACCGCAAGGCACCCAAGAGCGACAAUGUCUACCUCAAGCUCUUGGUGAAGCUGUACCGCUUCUUGGCCCGUCGAACGGACUCCAGCUUCAACAAGGUUGUUCUUCGCCGCCUCUUUAUGUCCCGCACCAACCGACCUCCCGUCUCCCUCUCCCGCGUCAAGGGCCAGAUCACCAGAGGCCAGGAGGGCAAGAUCGUCGUUGUCAUCGGCACCGUUACCGACGACAACCGCCUUCUCGAAGUCCCGAAGGUCUCUAUUGCCGCCCUUCGAUUCACUGCUACCGCUCGUGCUCGCAUUCUCGCUGCCGGCGGUGAGGCAUUGACCCUCGACCAGCUCGCUCUCCGAUCCCCUACUGGUAGCAACACCCUGCUGCUCCGCGGCCCCAAGAACGCACGUGAGGCUGUCAAGCACUUCGGCAUGGGUCCCCACAAGCACAAGAAACCUUACGUCGAAUCCAAGGGCCGCAAGUUCGAGCGUGCUCGUGGUCGCAGACGGUCUCGUGGUUUCAAGGUCUAA